AUAAAACUCGACCGUUGCGAACUGCAGUUCCACCUUAAAAAACAAAUCGAAAUAUCACUUUGGCUUCUCUGUUUCGUAAUAAUCCGAACUUAAUCGCGAUAUAAAAUUCGCACUUUUGUUUUAAGAGUCGGAGAGAGCUCUCCUCUUCGCGGUAAGCGUGAAAAGUUUGCGGGUAGGGUAAAAAAAACAUGUCGUGCGAAGAAAGCUACUUGGCUAUCAUACGCUACCUGACGGAUGAACGGGAGCCGUACGCGCCGGGGACGCCCGGUAACACCAAGAGGAAAAUACGUAAAGCCGCUGCAUGCUACGUUGUCAGGAACGGGACGUUGUUGUACCAGCGUCGGCAGAAGGGCCAGAAUGAGUUCACGGAGCUGGAGGUGGUGCUGCAGGAUGGCAGGAGGAAGGAACUUAUCCAGCAGGCGCACAUCAAGGAAACCGGCGAGCACCUGAACCAGCAACUCACCUGGGAGGACAUCUCUCAGAGGUACUGGUGGAGAGGUAUCCUGAAGAACGUCAAAGACCACAUCAGAGAGUGCGCGCUCUGUCAGAGCAGACGCGUCGCCGACGAUGGCUCCGGAUCUCGACCGCUGUCCCGGCCAGGUCGGCGCAGGGCUGGCGUCAGCAUGAUCGAUGAAGAGUUUGAUGAGGAGGAGGAAGAUGAGGGAGAUGACGGUUUAUUUGCCACAGAUUUGUCCCCCCUGCAGAGAUCCAAGUUCUCCAAGGGCUCGACUAAGCAUGAAGUGGUAUUUGUGGACAGUAAGGGUGAGGUGAAUCAGUUCCUGCCCAGACACAGCCAGACCAUGUUGGACAAACUCAACCAGCAGCGUCUCAGCAACCAGUUCUGUGACAUCACGUUGUUCAUCGAAGGAGAGGAGUACCGUGCGCACAAAUCUGUCCUGGCUGCCUCCAGUGAAUACUUCAACGAGCUCUUCUUUGAGAAGGGAGCAGCUACGACCCAUGAAGCUGUAGUUGACCUUUCUGGUUUUGCCAAAGCCACCUUCCUCCCACUGCUCGAUUUUGCGUACACCUCUAUGCUUAAGUUUAAUUUCUGCAUCAUGGCCGAGAUCGCCAAUUUGGCCCGACACCUGCUGAUGACAGAAGUGCUGCAGAUUUGCGAGUCUGUGCAUAAACAGGUGGAGGAGCAGAAGCUGAUGGUGUAUCAGAGAAGCGAACCCCAAAUUGUUGUGUCAGCCCAAUCGGCUGAGCAGGAGAUCCCAGAAGGCUCGAUGGAGAAGCCCGAUGCCUACAUGGUGACCAUCCAAGAUGACGGUGGGACAGUGGUCACACACCUCCAAGAGGACGGUGGGACGGUGGUCACACACCAUGCUGUUGCUGUUUCAGGCGAGCCUUUAGCUUUCGUUGCUCAAACCAAAGAAGGGUACAUCCAGCAGCCGGUGGCAGUUCUAGCCCAGGCUGUGGAGGGAGAGGUGGUGCACGCUGUGGAGGCUGAGCAGAACGAGUCUGUGGCGCUGCUCGCUCACAGCGGGCAGGUUGAGGCCGGAGAGACUAUCACUCUUAUCUCAGGCUGUGCUGAAGGGAUGGAGGGCGACACAGUGACGGUGGUCACCCACAGCGGGCAGGCGGGGGCCAGUGAGUCCCUCUCUGUGGUGUCGGCCUGCUUGGCGAUAGAGCAGCCGCAGGUUGCUGAAGCUUUUGUUAUUGAUACAGCUUCAGACAAAGUCAGCCCCCCCGAGGUGAAGUUCAGAGAGACAAUACCCCAACACGGGGACACAAAAGUCCCAAAUGAAGAGCCUGCGCCUGCCCCCCCGAAACGCAAGCGAGGACGUCCAGCCAAGCUAAAGAAGGAGGUGGAGGAGCUUGUACAGCUGGAGGAGCAGCCCUUUGCAGAUGAGGACACUGUUGACAAGCAGGAGGCCAUGUCAGACGAUCCAAGCAAACGGCGCCUCCGGCAGCGCUCCAUGGCCGAGGGCAGCUACGCUCGUCUGCAUAUGGGGCUGGAAGAAGAGGAGGAGGGGAAAAGUGCAACUCCACCUCAACCCUCCACUCCCAAAGUACAAAAUCAGGUGGGCCCGAGGCAUGGGAAGAGAGGACGACCUCCUAAGAGACCAGCAGAGUUUAAAGAGGAGGAACAGUUGGUGUCUGACUCUGUAGCAGAGGCUGACAUUGUGGAGAACACAACAACAGAACAUCUCACCACCGAGGAGGCUGCGAAGAAACAAACUCCCCCAGAGAGCGCUGUGGAUGGAGAACACACGUGUUCUGAGUGUGGCGUGUCCUUCGAUAGACGCUACUCUCUCAUCAUGCACACACUAAAACACGAGAAAUCUCGUGGAUACAAGUGCAGUCUCUGCAGCAAGGAGUUCCAAUACGCUGCGUCGCUUCAAGCCCACCUGGCUCGACAUAGGCAGAAGAGCAGCCGGAGAGCUUCUAUCUCUAAAGUCUCUGCUGAACUCAGCUCGGACAGCAAAGCAGAAGACGACCCAGACUCGGCCUUGUCGCAGGUCAAAAGGGAGUUUGUGUGCGACAUCUGCGGGAAGGUUUUACCAAAGCUGUACUCGCUGAGGAUCCACAUGCUGAGCCACACCGGGGUGCGGCCUCACUCCUGCAAGGUGUGCGGAAAAACAUUCACCCAUAAACACAGCCUGAAGAUGCACCGCGCACUGCACGACAUCACCAAGCAGUUCCAGUGCAAGUUCUGUAAGAAGUCGUUUGUGAGCAAGAGGAGCAUGGAGGAGCACACCAGCCUGCACACGGGUGAAUCAAAGUAUCUCUGCAACACGUGUGGUGCCACCUUUUAUCGAGCCUCCGCUUUGAGCAAACACCUGAAGAAGCACCAACCCAAACCUGAAGUCCGCCCGUUCGCCUGUUCUCACUGUGAUAAGAGUUUCUAUGAAGCAAAGGAUCUCCAGCAGCACAUGAACAAACACAUGGGCCUGAAACCAUUCCAGUGCCAGGUGUGUGGGAAGUGCUACAGCUGGAAGAAGGACUGGUACUCCCAUGUCAAAUCCCACAGCGUGGCCGAGCCCUUCAAGUAA